GCACGCGCACGCCCUCGGCCUUGCCUAUUUUACGCGCCGGGGUCGGCGGCGGCGCGCGGGGCAAAUGGAGUGGGUUCUCGCGGAAGCGUUGCUCGGGCUGAGCCGGGACCCCCGGGUCCUGCUCCGGACGCUGUGCCAAGGGGAGGCGUCCGCGGAGCGCGUGGAGACGCUGCACUUUCUCCUGCAGCGGCUGGAGGACGAGGCGGCUCGCGGCGGCGGGGACGCGCUCCCGGAGGCCGCGCGCGAGGUCGCCGCCGGGUACCUGGUGCCGCUGCUGCGCCGCCUGCGCACCUGCCCCGCGGGGGCCCCGGACGCAGACCCGCCGGCCCGGCCCCGCCGGCGCCUGCUGAGGGCGGCGGGCGCGGCCCUGCGGACCUGCGCGCGCCUCGCGGGGGGCCCGCCGCUGGCGGCCACGCUGGCCGAGGAGGCGCUGCGCGACCUGCGGGCCGCGGGGGCCGUGCCCGGCCUCGAGGGGGGCGCCGAGGCGGCCGUGGAGGUGCUGGCGGCCGUGGGGCCCUGCCUGCGGCCCCGCGAGGACGGGCCGCUGCUGCAGCGCGUGGCGGAGGCCGCGCUGGCCCUGGCGCUGGCCGGCGACGGGGAGGCGGCGGCGCUGGCGGCCGGGCGGCUGCUGCCGGCGCUGGGCCGGGGCGGCGGGGCGGCGCUGCGGGCCGUGUGGGGCGGGCUGGUGGCGCCCUCGGGGCCGGGCCGCGUGGGCCCGCGGCUGCAGGUGCUGAGCGCCCUGGCCGAGCGGCUGCUGCCCGCGCCCGGCGAGCGCGAGGCGGGCCCGGACGCGCGGCGCUGCGCGCGGUUCUGGCGGACGGUGCAGGCGGGGCUGGCGGACGCCGAGGACGCGCUGACCCGCAAGCAGGCGCGGUACCUGCUGCAGCGGGCGGCGGAGGUGUCGGCCGAGCAGGGCGUCCCUUGCACCUGCGGCUCCGGGGAAGCUAACGGCCCAAGUCUGUUUUGGUGGUCUGGGGAAAAAAAAGAAGAGCUUCUCAAGUUUUGGGAAAACUACAUUUUAAUAAUGGAAACUCUAGAAGGAAAUCAGAUACAUGUGAUAAAGCCAGUUUUGCCAAAGCUAAACAGCCUGUUUGAAUAUGCGGUGUCAGAGGAAACCGGACGGUGGCUCCUGCACCCCUCCUGGCACCUGUGUGUCUACAAAAGAAUGUUGGAAAGCGAGAACAAAACCCUGGCCAAGGAAGGGGUUACCCAUUUCUUGCAGCUCUAUGAAACGAAGGUGCUUCCGUUUUCACCGGAGCUUUCGGAGUUUAUUAUUGGACCAUUAAUGGACGCACUUUCAGAGAGCUCUCUCUAUGGCAGGUCGCCGGGCCAGCAGAUAGGAAGUGGGUCUCCACUGGGAUUGAAACUACAGAGAUUUUUAGCUGCUUAUGUUUCUCUUCUUCCAGAAGAACUAAAGAGUAGUUUUUUGUUAAAAUGGAUUCAGAAGAUGUCGAGUAGACAUUGGUGUGCUGUUCCCAUUUUGUUUCUGUCUAAGGCUUUGGCCAGCGUCCCGAGAUGCAAAGCCCUGGGUCUGGAAGGCCUCCUGGCCCUCAGGGGCGUCCUCCAGUGCACCAUGGCCACACACCAGAUCCUGCUGCGCGGGGCCGCCCAGUGCCAUCUGCUCCACGCGGCCAUGAACCUGGUCGACGUGGAGGAAGUGUCGCUGUCCGACAUCUCUGCGUUUCUUAUGUCUCUGAGACAGGAGGAGUCCCUGGGCCGGGGAACGGCACUGUGGACAGAGCUCUGUGACUGGUUGCGUGUUAAUGAAAGCUGUUUUGGACGACCCUCAACUUGUGGCUCCCUUGGACUUCAGGAGACGUGCUCUUUAAACGCUUACGUCAAGAGCCUCGUUCAAGAGUAUAUCACGUCACCUGCUUGGGAAACAGGAGAAAACGGCCGGAUGCCGGACUGGGCGGAAGCCAAGCUGGUUGCUCUGAUGGUCUUACUGGCUGUGGACGUGGAAGGAAGAAAGGUCCAACACAGUGAGAGGCAGAGGACACAGAACGUGCUGAGGCUAUUCCUAGAGCCCCUCCUGGACGCCCUCACCAAGUUGGGUUCGAACGCCUACCUGCCCCUGCGGAAGACGGACAGGUGCCUGCAGGCGCUGGUGACGCUGCUGCGCACGUGCUCGCCGAAGGGCGCCAGUGCCCGCGAUGAUGAGGUGUCUCCUCUCCUUCAGGACUUGGUCGCGUCCGCCACAGAGAGCAUCUCCAACUUCCUCCUCCGGAGACUCACUAUGAAUGAACUGAGCAGUGUUGCAGACCUGGAUCGCUGCCACCUGUACCUGCAGGUCUUCGCUGAGCUGGCGGGCCUCCCUGGGAAGUGGGGGGAGCGAGGCAGCCCCAUCCUGAGAAUCAUUGCUCCUUUGAGGAACGCAUCCAUCCGGCACCUGCAGGACACGGACAGCGGGCUGGUGCCCACGCUCGGGAGGCAGGUGCAGAGGGCGGUCAGCAUGGCCGCCUUGGCCGCGGUGUGUGAGGUGUGUGCGGCCCUCGACCAGACGCCGGAGCUGCAGCUGGACCCUCCGGAUGCUGGGCCCCCGGAGCAGCUCCUCGCCGCCCUCCCGCUCGGUCAGAGGCUGCAGAAGCCGCAGCCGGAGGAGCAGAGCAGUCUUCCGGAAGAACCGUCGUCUUCCCCGGGCUGGGGCCGGAUAGCUGCGCAGUACGUCCACGACCAGUGGGUCUGCCUCUCCUUCCUGCUGAGGACGCACCGCGCCCUUCCCCCCACCUCGGAGGGCGCGCUCCUGGACCCCGUGCCGCCCCCCCUUCAGACGCCAGCGCGGACCCUGCAGGCUGCGCUCGCCGCCCUCACGGUCCUCCCCUCCGAUCGCGUUUUGCCUGUGUUUCGCUGCAUGAAACUGCUGGUUCCCCAGCUUCUGGCCUCCUCUGAGCCAGUCUGCAUAGAGGCCUUCGACAUGGCUUGGAAAAUUAUAUCGACUCUAAGCAACACUCAGCUGGUGUUCUGGUCCAACUUAAAAGCUUUUGUUCAGUUUGUUUUUGAUACCAAAGUUCUUACCAUUGCUGCAAAAAUCAAGGGCCAGGCAUAUUUCAAAAUAAAAGAGAUUAUGCACCAGAUGAUUGAAAUGUCGGCUGUAAAAACCGGCGUCUUCAAUAUGCUGAUAACUCACUGCUGCCAGUCGUGGGGAGUUCCUGCUCCAGGGGUGUCCCAGGGGUCUUUUUCAAAUGCUGCCGAUUACAGCGAGCUGCUCCUGGAGGCUUGUGUGUUUGGAACUGUGUUUAGGCGGGAUCAGAGACUCAUUCAGGACGUACAGACCUUUAUUGAAAAUCUUGGACAUGAUUGUGCGGCAAAUGUUGUUAUUGAAAAUACCAAAAGAGAGGACCACUAUGUCAGAGUUUGUGCUGUCAAAUUCCUGUGCUUGUUAGAUGACUCCAGUGCGUCCCAUAAGGCAUUUAUGGAAGACCUUGCCAUCAAGCUGUUAGAGAAAGAGGCACUGGUGUCCUCGUCCAGGACGCGAUGCUACGCGAACUCCCAGCAGCACCGAGUGCAAAACCGAGUGUGGCAGACCCUGCUGGUGCUUUUCCCCCGCUUCGACCAGAAUUUCUUGAAUAGAAUCAUUGACAAGAUCUUUCAGGCUGGCUUCAUCAACAGCCAAGCGUCCAUCAAGUAUUACAUUGAGUGGAUUAUUAUACUGAUUCUGCACAAAUUUCCUCAGUUUCUUCCGAAGUUCUGGGAUUGUUUUUCUUGUGGUGAAGAACACCUUAAAACGAGCAUUUGUACGUUCUUAUCGGUUUUGUCACAUUUGGACAUCAUUAUUCAAAACCUUCCAGAAAAGAGGCUGGCUCUGAAGCAGGCCCUGGUCAUCGCGCUGCAGUGGGGCUUCAGCCACAACUUCAGUGUCCGCCUGUACGCGCUGGUGGCGCUGAACAAAGCCUGGGGCAUGUGUAAGACGCUGCGGAUGGGGGAGCUGGACGCUCUGGCGUCCGUGAUCGAGUCCAGCCUCAGUCAGGUGGAGAGCACGCCGGGAGCAGGGAACGCCAAGAGGAACUGGCAGCGCAUCCAAGACCAUUUCUUCUUUGCAGCGUUUCACCCGCUUCAGGACUACUGCCUGGAGAACUUGGACGUCUCAGCUGCUGUGCACACUGACCUACUUCGGUGGGCCACUAACACCCCGCCCUUUAAAAAGGACAGCUCUGCGCUGUGGUGGUCGUCACAGGACAUGAGCUGCUUUCCGUGACGCCACAGCAGACAUUGCCCAGGGUUUUCAGAUACUUCACCCGCUGUGCUGUGUCCUCGUGCGCAGGCGCACGCCUGCCUCCUCCUGCGGGGUUUAGUGCCUCUUAGGUCACGUCCACCUGCCCACCUGCUACUGUGUUCCCGCAGGAGUAAGUCCUUGCUUUCCUUUCCUGCCUUGGACGGCCUCCCCCUCGUGUGGUGUAUUUCACUCCCACUCCCAGUAGGAACCCUAACUCUGUGUCAGACUCCGUCUCGUACAUGUGUAGCCAUAUUGGACCCUAACUCUGUGUCAGACUCCGUCUCGUACAUGUGUAGCCAUAUUGGUACCCGCUUACUAUCUAGUUGCAAUCAUGAUGCUAAUUUAAAUGUACACAGAUGUUGCAUGAAGAAAACCAUAUUCAUUCUAAAGACUUUUAUGAAGACUUGCAUGUUGAUCUAAACUUACUGUUUCAUUUUAAACUUGCCUAUUACCUGUGCUUCCGCUCCUCCUGGCCUUUGACCUUUGGCGAUUCCCUGGUUCUCAGUUCUAAUAGGUAAGAAAAAGAAAGGACUGUUUACGUGAUGACUCAACUGUUUCCACUGCGCAGUUUACAAACACUUUCCAUGAGCUGUUUUACCCCAUUUUAGCCACACUUUUCCAAAUGAGGAGGUGGGAGCCAAGGGAGGCUGAAUGGCUUAGCUGGUGGCAGUGAAAGGGAGGAUUUGGCACCAAGAGAGCUUGACCUGUUGCUUAUGGAGAAGGUGGUGGUCAGUCAACAGCACGUGUCCACACGCUGCCCAGCACCAGCACUGACUCCAGACGCUCUGCCUCGUGCAGAGCCGUGGCUGUUAGCGCAUUAGGGACGCGUGUGCGAGACCUGCUGCUCGCCAGGUUCUGAGAAAAGCCGGUCAGACACAUAGGCAGUUGCUACAAGACAGAAGGUAGGUAAUUUGACCGGAUAGCAUAGUUUGGGAAAAUACAUUAGUAAGAAUAGGCUAUACUUUAAACAGUUAUGUAUUUCUUUGCUCUUUUUAUGUUUUUAAGGGGG